AUGAUAAUUUAAACAUCUUUCAAUCUAUUACUUUUCUUAUUUCUAUCAUUAAGGAGUAUGGAAAUAUCAAAAAAUUGUGUUUGUGGACAUGUUAGAAUUCAAGAAGAUUGUCAAAACUCAGGUUUUUGCAUUUGGCAAAAUAAUGCUUGCAUGUUAAACUAUGGAUAAACAUACAAUAAUAAUGAGGACAGUUAAAAUUAAAAAACAUGCAAAAAUUUUGCAGAAGAAGACUGUAGAUUACAAUAAUAGUGUGGAUUUUAUUUGGGUUAAUGCAUUACUUUUUAAGAUUGCAGCAUAUUCAACUAGGAUUCUUGUUAAGAAUCAUCCUUUAGAUGUGUUUCUGAUGGAACAAAAUGUGUUGAAAUAAAAGAUUGUAACAGUUACAAAACGAAUUAUGGAUGUUCAAAUAAAGAUUAGAAUGGAAAGUAUUGUUUUUGGGAUGAGGCAAUGGAAAAUAAAUGCCGAGAUGUUAUUAUUUGUGAAGAACUACCUAUAUAUCUAGUAAAUCAUUUCAUGUGUAAAGAAGGUCUAGAUGGUUGUACUGUAAAUGAUUUAGGGUAUGGAUGUAUUAAAUAGAUGGACGAGUGCACUAAAUACUACAAUGAUUCUUAAUGCUUUGAAAGUUAAGAAAAGAUAGAAAACUGUUUCUGGGAUUCUUUAAAUAAAAAAUGUGUUGAUAAAAUAUGUGAAAAUCUACCAUUUUCAUCAGAUUAUGAAUGUUAGUCAUAUUUGAGUGGAUGUACAACUAAUGGAAUUCAUUGCAUAUAAAGAAAACAAUGUAGUGAUGUUUAGAAUAAAUUUGGUUGUGUAAAGGAUGCUUAGGAAAAUAAAUGUGAAUAUCAUUAAAAUUAAUGUAAAAUAAAAAGUUGCAAUACUGCUUCAGAUUCUUUAAUAAAUUACCAGUAAUGCUAGGAUUAUGAUAACUUAUUGGAUUGUGUUAUCUCUGAAAAUGGAGGAUGUAAAUAAAGACCUGAAACAUGUGAAGGUUAUGCAGAUGAAAUUGACUGUUAUUCGAUAUAAUAAGAAGAUUGUAUAUGGCAAAAUAAUAAAUGUUGGAAAAGAAAAUGUUAUCAUGCUCCAGUUCAUUAUGGUCAAGCAGAAUGUAAGUUAUAUGGAAAUUGUAUUGGAAAAGUUGACGGCGGAUGUAAAGAGACACCAUAAAUUUGUGAUGAGAUUUCUGAAAAAUAAUUUUGUGAAUUUAAUUAUAAUUAAGAAAGAUGUAUUUGGUUAGAUGAUGAAUGCACAUUAUUAGAAUGUAAUAAAUUGAAAUUGCCAACUUAUAAUAGUCAUUAAGCAUGCUAAAAGGCUAGUUAAUUUUGUACAUUCAAACUAGAUUCUUAUGGUUGCGACGAUUAUUUAUGUGAAAAUAUUUUUGAAAUUGAAUAUUGUUCAAUUGAUUCAACUGGAACAAUUUGUGUAUUAAAUUAAGGAUGUAUUGAUAAAAAAUGUUCUUCUGCUCCUAAAUCUUAUGAUAACAAUUAAUUAUGUUAAGAGUGGUUACCAUAUUGCACAGUUAAUGUCUAAUUUUUAUCAAAUUCAAAAAUAUUGAUUGGGUGUAUAAAUAAAUUGGAGGAUUGUCACUUUGCUCUUGAAGAAUAAUGCUAUUCUACGUUUGCAGGAAUUAAUUGUAAAUGGGAUAGUGAAGGUAAAAGAUGUAUUUAUCAAGUUUGCACUGAUGCAGAUCCUGACUUAUAUUUAAAUAAUGAAGAUUGCAAUUCAUUUAAAGUCAAAUAAGGUAUUUGUAUAUUAGGACCUUAUGACAUUGGAUGUUAAUAAUGGCCAAAUAGUUGUUCUUAAUUGUUAAGUUAAUUUUAAUGUUCAUUAAAUCUAUAAGAUGGAACAUCGUGUUUUUGGACUGGUAGUUCAUGUAAAACAUUAGAAUGUACAGAUGCUUCUAAAAUUGAUUACACUAAUAAUAUUGAAUGCAAUUCUUGGAUAGAUUAUUGUAUAUAUGACUCAAUCUCAGGAGGUUGCAGGAAUAGACCUAUUUCUGAAGAUUGCACAUCCUCUCCAAAUAAUAGUAUGUAUGAUACCCACUUAGAAUGUAUUGUAUGGAAUCCUAAAUGCACUGUGGUUUCCACUUUUAAUGCAGAAGGAUGUGAAUUAAAGAAAGCAAACUGUUUUGAAUUCAUCAGGCAAAGGAAUUGUAAAACAAGCUUAAGUGGUUCAAAUUGUUAUUGGGAUGAUAAUUAAUAAAAAUGUUUUGAUGAAUCUGGAGAUAAUGAUUGUAAUAAGAGAAUUUAUGGAGAUUUAUCACAUCAAGAUUGUGAAACUUUCCUAUCUAAGUGUACAGUAAGUUUAAUUAAUAGCGUUUGCGUAACUCUUUCAUUAACUUGUGAUUAUCCAAUAGAAUAACAAUGUGUAAUCAGAAGAGAUUAAUAACCUUGUAGAUGGGAUUAUAAAAAUAAAUUAUGCAAAGAUCUAACAUGUAAGGAAAACGUUUCUGCUUUAACAGAAGAAGAAUGUUUAAAGUAGAGAAAGUUUAACUAAUGUCAAUUAAAGAUUUAAUCUAAUGGGACAUUUGGACCUGGUUGUGAGUCGAGACCAUAAUCUUGUGAGUUAAUUACAAAUCCGACUAUUUGUAAAUUAACUCUUACAUCGACCAAUCAAAGAUGCUACUAUUUUAAUUUUAAGUGUUAAGUUGUACUAUCUAGUUAAUGUGAAGUUAUUUAAGAAAGUAAAAGUAAUGAGCUUUGCCAAUUAUACAAUUCAAACUGUAUUCUAUAAUAAAGUGGAAAAGGAUGCUAUUCUAUUUACCGUUGUGAAGAUUUAACUCAUAAUAUUUGCAACAACGCCAUCAUGAAAUUUAAUUAUAAGUGCAUCUAUUCUGACUAUUGCAGUUUAAAUAAUGAUUGCUCCAAUAAACAAUUAUUCACAAGUACUUGUGAUAACAUAAAAACAGGAUCAGGAUAAAAAUGUUAUUUAUACAGCUAUUGUUAUAAGUAUUGCUGUGACUAUUAAUGUUUGUUAUAAACUGCAUAAAUAACAAUGCAAUUUUAUUUAUUUACAUCACUUUAGGAGAGAAGACAAUUAUGUUAAAAUUAUUCAUCAAAUUAUAAAUAUGAUACUAAUUGUUAAUGUUGUGUAUAUAUGACUUCAUGUGCACAGCAAGAAAGUGAAUAAUAAUUAUGUAAUUCUUCAACUGCAAAUUCAAAUUUAAAAUGCGGAUUUAAUUUUUAGACUAAUAAAUGUGAGACAAGAAAAUGUGAACAUUUAACUUAUGCUAAUUAUCCUGUAAUUACAAAUCAUAAUUGUUAUGAUUGGAAAUAUGAUUGUGUUCUUGGUAUCGCUGGUUGUACAAUUUUCACUGGAGAUUGCACAUAAAUUAAAUUAAUUUAUCAAUGUUAUUCAUAAUAAUGUUUUUGGUAAGAUGGUAAAUGCUUAAAUCAUGUUGAUUGUCAAAUUAACACAACAGCCAUUACAGAUCGUGAAUGUCUAUUAGCAAACGCUGAAUACUGUAGAUUUAAUUACAUCAAAGGCAUAGGAUGUUCUUUUUAUAAUUGUAGUCAUAUCAUAAAUUCAACAAUAUGUAAUUCAUCAACUCUUGUUGAUGAAUAAAAUUGCAUAUAGAUCAGUAAUUUAUGUAAGAGCAAAACUUGUUCAGAUUAUACAUUAUAAGCUGACUGUGAAAAUAGCUAUGGCAGUUAUUAUUCAGUAGUUACUAAAUGUUUUUGGUGUACAUUAAACACUAUAAAAUGUUCCAAUUUUGAAUAUUGUAGUUCAAGUAGCCUGGUUUCACCUGAAUCCCAUAACGAUUGCUACAAAGCAAAUAUCUUUUCAACUAUUAAUUUUACAGCAUCUUCAAAAUGCACAAUAAAAAAAUAAUUCUGUUCAUAAUACACCUAUGAAGAUGCCUGCAUUAGUACUAUAAAUGGUUAAAGCUGUUACUGGAGUUCAAACCUUUGCGUAGAUAUCUGCUCAGCUACUACUAGUCCAUUAUCUACACACUUAGAAUGCUUUAAUUGGCAUUCUGAAUGCAUGUCAAAUGGAGCAUCUUAAUGCCAAGACUUAAAUUGUGCAUCAUUAUCAACUAAUAUAUAAUGUAAUAUUUUUACAGCAAAGUGUUUUUGGAAUGGUUCGAACUGUCAAACUGUUGGUGCGUGUACUAAUUAUUCUACAAGCUCUUUGUGUUUAGAUACUAAAAAUUCAAAAGGAAUUCCUUGCUUUUGGAAUGGUAUCUUCUGCACAGAAAAAACCUGCUACAAUAAACCUACUCCAUCUACAACAUAAUUAGAUUGCCAUAAUUGGCUUAAAAAUUGUUAAUUAUAUAAUAAUGCAUGUUUAGAAGAUUGUACUUAAGCUGAUAUUACAUAUAUUACACAUAACUAAUGUGAGUCUUUUUAUUACAAUAAAAGCUGCACUGUUAAGCUUGAUAUAAUUUAAUGUGUAGAUCUUCCUAUUUCAUGUAAUUACGCAAAAAAGACAUAAUGUUAUGUAGAUAAGGAUGGAAACUAAUGCUAUUUUAAUGUUUCAUCAAAUUAAUGCGUUAAUUUAAUAUGUGAAAUUUUAGCAGCACCAUUUAUAAGUCAUUAAAAAUGUAACUAAAAAUUAAAAGAUUGUACAGUAAAUGCCUCUUAGAGUGGAUGCUAAUAAUUAAAUGAUUGCAGUAGUUAUUCAAUCCCAGAAUAAUGCUAAAUUGAUUAAAAUAAUGUUGAAUGUGAAUGGAUAUUCAAUCAAAAUAAAUGUACUAUAAAGGAAUGCUCUACAGCCUAAUUAAAUAUAUAUACAGCAUAUAGUUGCCGUCAGUAUUUUGGUGAUUCAUGUACUGUAAAUGCAAAUUUAGAUAGAUGUGAGAUUGGUCAAGAAUUUUGUAGGAACUACACUUAAGAAUAAUGCACCAGUAAUGGAUAAAUUAACUUAAAUAAAAUAGAUUGUUUUUGGAAUCUUGAAAAAAAUAUGUGUUAAGAAAAAAUAUGUGAGAAUGGACCUACUUUUUCUUAAAAUGAUUCUGAAUGUACAACAUUCCUUCAUACUUGUUAAAAAGGUGGUUGUCGUAUAAAAGGAUGUUUAGAUUAUUAUUAUGCUAUAGAUUAAGCUUGUGCAUCUCUCUUUGAAGACAAAAGGUGUGUAACAAAUGGAAAGUAAUGUGUUUAUAGAACAACCUGUGAGAAUAUAAAUAUGAUUGAUGGAUGUACAUAUGAUAAAAACUUAAAUCCAUGUAUUUGGAUUAAUCAUCAAUGCUAUACCAAAACCUGCGAAACUGCUUCAAUUUCCCUUGUUUAACAUGAGGAGUGUAAUUCCUAUCUUCAACAUUGUACAGUUAAAUAAGAAGGAGGAUGUACUAGAAAAUAGAGAUGUUAGGACUACAAAAUUAAAGAGGCUUGUUAAACAGAUAGUGAGAAUGCUGAAUGCAUUUGGGAUGACAAUCUAAAUCAAUGCUUCUUCAAUUAAUGUUUUGAUUUUUGUGGAAAUGGCAUUGUUUCAACCAAAGAUGAAUACUGUGAUGAUGGCAAUUAUUUACCCUAUGAUGGUUGUUAUAAAUGCGAAGUGCAAUGUCCAUUAGGAUGCUAGAUUUGUAAAGGUAAAUUGUGUUAAGAAUGUUAUAAGAUAGGAUGGUAUUUGGUUGAAGGUGUUUGUAUUACAAAAUGUGGUGAUGGCUAUGUGGUAGGGAGUGAAUAAUGCGAUGAUGGAAAUAAUACUUAAUUUGAUGGGUGCUAUUAAUGUUCUUAUUAAUGUCAUCAGAAAUGUUUAAAUUGUUUUCAAGGACGAUGUUUAGAAUGUGAAAAAGGAUAUCAAGAAGAUGGACCUUUUUGUCAUCACAUUUGUGGGGAUGGGUAUCUUGUUAAAGAAUUAGAAUAAUGUGAUGAUGGAAACCUUAAUAAUUAUGAUGGCUGUAGUAGUAAUUGCAAUAUUGAAUAGAAUUGGAAAUGCUUAAUAGAGAAUAAUUUUAGUUCUUGCACCUACAUAAUUCAACCUAAAAUUAUAUUGACCAAACAAACUAAAACAUAUACAAGUAUUUAAGAAAUUAAAUUAUCAUUUUCAGAAAAAGUACGUCUGAAUGAUAAAGCCAUUAGUGAGGAAUAAUUUCUUCAAUUGAUUAUUAUUGAAAUAUUGAAUGCCAACAAAGACUAAUACGAUAUUGAAAUCAAACCUAUGAUUUCUAUCACAACUGAUUUGGCCGAUGUAGCCUAUAAAUUAUUAGUCAAUUUUAAAACUGAUGUUAAAAAUCCUGUCCUAAAAGUUAUAAUAUAUAGUGGAAACAUUGUAAAUUUCUAAGAGAACUCUUUACACCCACAGGAAGCAAAAUUAGAAUUACGUUCUCCAUACAAGAUCUCAGAUGAUUAAUAAUCUCUAUUGUCUCGGACUACCAAUUUUAGUAAGAUUGUUUUAAAUGUCAUAAUUAUUGUAAGUGGAAUUUCCUGUUUAUUUGGAAAUUUAGAGAUUUUAUGGAAUCUCCUUGAUCUGCUUCAAUAAUUAUCAUAUAUGAAGUUUCAUAAUCUCGAAUUUCCAGUAAAUUUACAAGACUAUUUUGAAGUUUUUGAUAUAGGCUCCUUUACUCCAAUGAUAAGUAAAUUAUAAAUAGAUAUCUAUUUAUAAAAUAUUUUCAAUUUUUCAGUUCCAGUCAUAAAAGCUAAAUGGAAAUUUGAGUUCUAUUAAAUCAAUUGUUACUUUUUGUAAAACUUUGAAACACUUCUAAUGAUGAUUAUAAUGGGUCUUACUUAUUUUAUACUGUCAUAUUAAUUUUAUAAAUUACUAAUUUUAAUCAAGUAUUAAAAUUGGUCAAUAAACUUUCAAAUAAAUCAUCAAAACUUUAUAUUCAAAGUUAUUAAAAUAGUUUUUUUCAUUUAACGUUUUGCAAGAAAAUAUUAUUAAUAUUUUAUCUACUCUGGAUUAAUUAGAAUUUUAACAUCUAAUUUUUACGAAUUGACUUUUGCAGCUAUUUUAUAAUUAGUAAAUACUAAAUUAGACACUACUUUUAAUAAAAUUAUCUAUUUUUUAGCUUUAAUUACAUUAAUAUUUAAUAUUUUCUUAAUAAUCUCUUUUUUUAGGUAUCUAAGCUAAAAGAAGAAGGUAGCAAAAAAUUUAUCAGUUUUAGUAGAGGGAAUAAGAAAUGUAAAAUUUUAAGGACUUAAAUAAUAUUUUACAAUAUUAUUGAUCAAAAAAACCUUAUUCAUAUUAAAUUUAAUUGUUUUUUAAGGUCUUGCAGUUGCUUAAAGUUUAAUUACUGCUUGUAUAUUUGGAAUAUUCUUCUGUUAUAUUUUUUUUUAUAAACCUUUUGAGAAUAAAUUUGAAAACAUAAAAAUUUAUUGUACAGAAUUUCUGAUUAUGAUGAAUGUUACUAUCUUUUCUUUCUAUGAAUUUAUGAAAUUAAAUCAAAUUUCAGAGACGGCACAACUAAUAGGUUGGAUUAAUAUAGGUGGUUUUACCUUGAUUCUUAUUUUAACCUUAGUGAUUGAUACCUAUCAAUAAUUAUUCAAAUACUUUAAAUUUGCAAAAGAGAGAUGGCGUUUAAGAAAAGAGGCCGAGUAAAAACGAAAAUAAAAAAUCCUUUUUUUUUGA